UCUGGUUGAAGGGGAGGGACAGAAGCAGGGGAGAGACGGGAUCUUUUUUUUAACUCUGUCUCUUGCUCUCUGAGUUAUAGGCACCUUGACUUGCUUCCUACAUUCACUGGAUUCCCUGCCAGUGUCCAGGGCCCCCAGACGGGACUGAACAGCCUGAAGGAGAUUUUGGUGAGCUGGGUAGCAUAUCUGCUGAUGCAGAGCCAGAUGCUCCUCCCACUCACACUGGCGUAAAGCUGGAGCAACUGCACCAGUUUCUGCAGCGUUACUCUGGAUUGGCAUUGGUGAAAAUGAGAGCAGGAUCCAGUCCUGUGCCCUCCUUGCUCCUGCCACUGUCCUCCAUGGCUCUCAUGGAGCAUAUGCCUUGAAAAUGCCCUGCAGCAGCAUGUCACAAGAGCCAUGGGGAAGAAAGCAGCAAAGGAGGUUAAGCCCAAUGGGGUUAUCAUAGUGCCUGAAGAGCCAGAAAAGGAGCAAAUGGAGGAAAGAGGCCAGUGGAGUAACAAAGUGGAAUUUGUGUUGUCCGUGGCUGGGGAGAUCAUUGGCUUGGGCAACGUCUGGAGGUUUCCUUAUCUCUGUUACAAAAAUGGAGGCGGUGCUUUCUUCAUCCCCUACCUCAUUUUCUUGUUUAUGUGUGGGAUUCCUGUGUUCUUCCUGGAGACUGCUCUGGGGCAGUACACCAGUCAGGGAGGCGUCACUGCCUGGAGGAAGAUUUGCCCCAUCUUUGAAGGAAUUGGAUAUGCCUCACAAGUCAUCGAAUCCUAUCUGAAUAUCUACUACAUUGUCAUUCUGUCCUGGGGUCUCUUCUACCUGUUCAGCUCCUUUGCUGCUGUGCUACCCUGGUCCAAUUGCAAUAAUCCUUGGAACUCAGACCUGUGCGUGGAUUUCCUGAAUGCCUCUGGUUCGGAGAACUGGACAGCACCAGCCAACGCUACCUCCCCAGUUAUUGAAUUCUGGGAAAGACGAGCUUUGGGGAUCACUGAUGGUAUUCACAAUCUGGGUACCCUGCGCUGGGAGCUGGCUCUCUGCCUCCUGCUUGCAUGGGUUGUUUGCUACUUCUGCAUCUGGAAGGGAGUCAAGUCCACAGGCAAGGUAGUUUACUUCACUGCCACAUUUCCGUACUUGAUGCUUAUUAUCUUGCUUGUUCGAGGGAUCACUCUGCCUGGGGCAGUGGAGGGGAUCAAGUUCUACUUGAAUCCAGAUGUUUCCAGGCUUACAGACCCACAGGUGUGGAUGGAUGCAGGCACUCAGAUCUUCUUUUCUUAUGCCAUCUGCCAAGGGUGCCUGACCGCUUUGGGCAGCUACAACAAGUAUACUAACAACUGUUACAGGGACUGCUUCAUGCUAUGUUUUCUGAACAGCGCCACCAGCUUUGUGGCUGGCUUUGCCAUUUUCUCUGUGUUGGGCUUCAUGGCGCAAGAACAGGGCGUGCCCAUUUCAGAAGUGGCAGAGUCAGGUCCUGGCCUAGCAUUCAUUGCAUAUCCAAAGGCUGUAACAAUGAUGCCAGUGUCUCAGCUCUGGUCCUGCCUCUUUUUCCUUAUGCUGAUCUUCCUGGGACUGGACAGUCAGUUUGUCUGUGUUGAGAGCUUGGUGACAGCGAUCGUCGACAUGUACCCAGAAGUGUUCCGUAGGAAAGGGCGCCGGGAGCUGCUGAUCCUGUUCAUUGCGAUCAUAUGCUACCUGCUUGGCCUGAUGCUGGUCACUGAGGGUGGGAUGUACAUAUUUCAGCUAUUUGAUUAUUAUGCUGCUAGCGGCACUUGCCUACUGUUCCUGGCCAUUUUUGAAGUCAUCUGUGUAGGGUGGGUAUACGGUGCUGAUCGUUUCUAUGAUAAUAUUGAGGACAUGAUUGGUCACCGGCCAUGGCCUAUGAUCAAGAUAUGCUGGUUGGUUUUAACCCCUGGUGUCUGUCUGGCGACCUUCCUGUUUUCACUGAUCAAGUACAUGCCUCUUAAAUACAACAAUGUCUAUGAAUACCCUCCAUGGGGCUAUGCUUUGGGCUGGCUGAUGGCUCUCUCUUCCAUGAUAUGUAUACCGCUCUACGCCAUUUUCAUCCUCAUGAAAACCAAGGGAUCAUUAAAGCAGCGGCUAAAACAGCUUACUACUCCAGCUGAGGACCUGCCACAGCCAAAGAAACACUUGGUUGAGUUGUGUGAAGCACAGGAGACCUCUCAAUCAGGAUACAAGAGCUUGUCCCCUUCAGCUAAGAAAGUGUUUGUGACCACAGAGAAGGGAACCCGCUUUUAAGGCACACAGGAGAAGACCAUGUCUUAAUCUAGAGUGAUUUAUCCUUGCAUUCCUUAAAUGGCCUCUCUUCACACCUAAGGGAUGCACUCUUCAAUUCUGUUCCUCACACCUGAGACAGGCAUUCCAGGUGCAGAGUUAAUGACCUUGGGACACCCUUCUCCCUCCCUACUUUUACUUGACACUUAAUUGCACAGACCGGGGGUUGCAGUUCUUUUGAUAUCCCCUGCCUUCUGCCCGGGGAAAAAGCAACAUGGCUUUACCAGAGACAGUACAGCCUGCCACUGAAAAAGGGAAUAGCACAUAUAGAAAAUGGCAAAAAAAUAAAGAAGUUCCAGUGGUGAAGGAGAGCAGAGUUAAAGACAAGUUGAAGCAGUCAAAGGGAAAGGCACAAAAUGUGAGGGUGUUAGCAAAGGGAACAAGCUAAAUGGUUUAUAAGUAUGUAUGAAACUAGAGCUGACAAAAGAAAACACUCAGUUAGGUCACCAACACACCAGGCAAGGAGAGCCAAUAGCAUAUCAUAAGCUCCAAUAAAGGAGGCUGCAGUACCAGUUAGGCUUCCGUUGUCACUUUUGAAGGCUAAGACUGACAGGAUGAUUAAUAAAAUCAUAGUUACUGAAGAAAGGGACAGAGCUCAUGGCAGUCUCAGGAUGGAACAGGAUGAAGAGCAUAUAAAUGGCUCUCACUUAUUCAGAUUAACACAGCUCAGUGACAGUUCGUUCUGUAGAGGAAUAUUAAAAACAUUAGCAAUUCCUUAGGGGAUCUUAUGGAGCAGUCCAGGCACAGUUCCAGAGGGUGGCGAAGAGUGAACGUAGUAUGUUGUAGACAGAAGGCACGCCUGGGAUUUCACCCUAGGGAGUUUAAUUGUGCUUCCCGGCCAGUCUGUAGAUGAAUGACUGAAGCAGUUAGCAGGCCCACUCUGCUACUGCAUUGCAGCUUGAGGACAAAGUGACCCCACUACAGAAUAGGAGGGGUCUCUACCACUUCUACCACAAUACGUGAGGUAUUGUGACAGUGGAGACCUGGGCAGGACUUGAGACUAGCUAUGGGAAAAUAGGGCAAUAAAGGCUAAGCAAGAUGAGUUAACCAGAAACAAAUAAUGUCAAACAAUUUUUUGUUUAUUUAAUACAUUAGCACAUGAGAAGACUGCCUUAGCCUUGGUGGUAUUUCAGUCUGAAUAAGGCAUUUGUUACAGUUCCACAUGGCAUUCUCCUAUGGAGUCUGUGCAUUUAAAUGGAACCUCCAUAAAAUUAAAUGCCAAACACUACAUAAAUGCAUGUCAAGAUUUCACUGUUAAAAUCACAGGGAAAAAAUAUGUUAUGGUCCCAACAGGUCCCCUCAUUCAAGCCAAUGGUACCUGUGUUAUUUGAUAUAUUUCAGGUCAAAUGUUAACCUAUAAAACUAAUGUAUGCACUUAAACAGAAAGAAAUAGCAAUUCUGGGGAUGGGGACCAGUUUUCUUAUGUCUUUCACUUUGAGUAGUUUUUCACACCUAUGCUCAGUGGCUGUAAAACAGCAGCACCAAUGAAAGAAAGUAGAAAAUCCAUGUCUCAGAUCUGGAAGACGUUGAGGGCAUUUAUAGAUGUGCUCUGGGAGGUGGGGGGGGAGGGGAUGGGGGAGGAAAUGCUUUAUUUAGUGCAGUUCUGGGUGCUGCAGUAUUUAAAAGUGCCCAGAACAUCACGUGUAUCAGUGUCCCCACACUUACAAAUGGCAGCAGGGCACUUUGAACUAAAGCUCAUUGAACAAGCUUUAUUUUAAAGUGCUCAGUUGCCAUUUUUUCAGUGCAGGGACACUGAUACACAUGAUGCUGGAGUCUGCUGCAGUGUGGUAAUUACUACACUCCAGCAGACUCAAUUAAUCAAGUCUGCUCCAACAUGCUGUGAUUACAGCGUGCCCGAGCCGCCUCCCUGCAUGUGUAUAGGAGCUCUCACAUUGCAGCUGGAGGCUUUUACACUUUCUGUGACUAUAAUGGCUAAACUAACAUAGUUUCUUUCCAUUUAAUUGUCUUCCUUUAAAAGAAAAAAAGAACAGGAAAGAAAAAAUGCUGGUGUAAUUAGCACUUGAAUGGUACCCAUGAAAUGUCAAAGUUCACACCUCAGGAAGGUGAAUGGUGGGAAGAUGGGGAAAUCUGAUUGGGGGGAAUUUUUGGCAAAGGUGGGAGGACAUAGAGCAGAGGUGGGCAAUUAUUUUGGGCAGAGGGCCACUUACUGAGUUUUGACAAGCCAUUGAGGGCCACAUGACAGGCAGUCCAGGGCAGAUGAAUAUUAAUUUUCUAAAUUUUUUAGGGACCCCGUGGGCUGGAUAGAAUGGCUUGGCGGGCCGCAUUUUGCCCACCCCUGACAUAGAGCUACAUCACAUAUAAUUCAUUGUGUAGCAUUGCGAAGGACACAAUUUUAGAAAUGUCAGAAAUCUGCAGAUUGUGUGGUAGAAAAGGCUUAAAAUCAGAAGGGCAACUGUUCUUUUUUUUUUCUUUCUUGCUUUUCCUGAUGGUUGUAGUGAUUUGUUUUUUAUUUGAGGGAGCUAUAUAUGUUUCAGUGUAGCAAAUACUUCUUUGAACAAUGUUCAGGCUGGCAGUAGCUUAAGCGUGGCAGCAGCUGCCAGCCAGUGCAAAUGUGUAUUGUUGCAAAAGUGGCAGAUCUUAAGAUUGCUAAAAUUUGAGCGGAUGUCUACUGAGCAUGCUCAGAGUGCCCAUUUACAUCAUUUUAUUUUCCCCCCUCAUUAUUCCUCUAAUUCUCUGCCAGCCAAACACUGGUGCUAGACCUCAAUAAAGUUAUGCCCAGGCCAUUAAAGUGUAUGGCUUUAGCUAUUUUUUGUUGCAGUCCUGUUUGAAAGAGUGUGGCAUUUUAAUUCUCACACCUGUAAUUCAAAUGAUACAAGGGAAAGGUUGAAACCACCGAGGAAAGGGUGGUUAAGGCACAGGGAUGACAUUGAAGGCAAAAGUUCAGUUUCAGCCAUCCUUCGUGACCCUGGGCAAGCUGCUAAGCUCUUUUUCCAUAAUUAAAAAAAAAAUAUGGCCAGAUGGUACUUCUGAGCCUCCCAGAGAUGUGAGGGUACGUUCAUUCGUGUGUGAGGUGAUACCGUGCUGUGGCCAGGGGACAGUGAAUCUUCCUAGAUAGGUGGAAAGGAUUUUGCUCAUUCGAAAGAAAACCGUCUUUAUUCAGACUCUGAUCUGAGUCUUGUUGGUGUAAAUACUGGAUUGUACUAAAAGGAAUAUCCCCUGUGCGGCAAAGAUUCUCCUCUGCUUGCCUGUAGUUGGACUUCAGUGCUCCACCAAUGCUCGGUGCAGUGCAAUUUAAUGCUGUCAGAAGGCUAAAUCAUAGCUGUGUUGAAAUCAAUGGUAGAACUCCCCCUGACUCCAAUUCUGCAUUUCACUCAGGUAUUUUUUUAAUCAGUUAGGAAGAGAUCAAUAGAAUACUAAAACAUUUGUGGAAAAGAGAACCAGGUAGGUUGAGCCUAAAGAAAAGACUAAGAAGACACUCAACAGCGGCUGUGUCCUUUGCUCUUUAUAUCACAAAACAAUAUGAAGAAAACACUUGGGCCUAGGUGGAUACCAAAAAGGCAGGUUUGCUAAAUGUGCACAAAUGCAAACAUAGGCAGACAAGGUUCUUUGGGUAAAUGUGAUAUCUUUUAUUAGACCAACCAAAUAGUUGGAAAAAUUGUUCUUUGCAAGCUUUUGGGUACAAACACCCUUCUUCCUGAAGUACCCUUGUAUCCAAAAGCUUGUAAAGAACAAUUUUUCCAACUAUUUAGUGUAUUAAAAGAUAUCACAUUUACCCAAAGAAACUUGUCUACCUAUGUCCUUAGACCAACACGGCUACAACCAACAUCCCCAAAUACAAACAUGACAGGCCUAGCUACAUGCACAGGGUUGCUCCAACUGGUUCUAGGCAGCUUCGAGAACACAGAAUAUUGUGUGUGCCACUUUAAUUCUCAUAUUCUGUUUAAAGAGCUACUACACUGCCAUAUGCAACCAGUCUGCAGAUACUUUAAGGGGUUGAUGUGGAAAGGAGAGCAAUUGAUUAUUUUGCUUGUCAUUAGGACCAAGCACAGAGUGGCAGGUUAAAACUGAAGCUAUCAGAAGGUAGAAGAAAAAUUGCAGGAUCACUGCUGUCUGUUGCUGCUUGUGGCUAGAUAAAAGGCAUGUAGUAAGGAAGGAAGAAAUUUGCCAACACAAUUUUGGCAAAAAGGCCAUUUUUCCCUCCAGUAAUGAAAAUCAUGAAAAUAUUUCAUUUAAAAACUUUAAUAAAAACAAAAACGUGUUCA